GCACAAUGUUAUGGAGAUUUUAAGAUGUUUAUUUCAGGCGUCAAGUAUAUGUGUUCGAAGUGUUAAAAUAAGUCAAUUUUUAUUAUUUAACUGUUCCUGUGAUAUUUCGUUUUGAUUUUAUAAUACAAAGAUUUGUUAAUAAUCAUAUUAGAAACAAAGAAAAACAUGUCUUCAAUGGCUAGAUUGGCAUAUGGUUACAAGAAGAAACCAGAUAGGGAUGCUGUUUUAAAUAAAAAGGUUCCAGAAAACCCAAGAUAUAGACAUGUUAGAGCUGUUGUUGACAGUGGUUCUAGUGUGAGAAAAUAUGUGGAAAGGAUGCAAGAAAUUCAAAAAAAUGUAAAGUACAAAAAAGGAGAAAUAUUUAAACGAAUUAAACUUUCAACUUUUGUGACUUUGGUUAUAGAAGUGGCCAAAGAAUUACAGCAACAAGCAACAGAAAAUAACAGAGAGUUUAAUGAUGUAACAUUGGCCAGGGAUGAGACUAGUUAUGGAAACUCACCUGGAGUACAACAGUAUUCUAGUGCACAGAGUGAAGUUUCUGAACUGGAUACCACUAGAUCAACAUUUCAAAGUGUCAUCAGUGGAGUUGGAGAAUUAGAUUUAAGAAAGGGUGUUAAAAAUUCUCGAGAAUACAAUCCAGUUUUGCUGGAUGCAGCAAGUUUACCUUAUGUGCUGUUAGAUGUUCGAGACAGAGAUGCAUAUAAAGAAUGUCACAUUAAUAUAGCCAAGAAUUAUCCAUAUACCAUGUUGUCCAGGUCAUGCAACUAUGAAACCAAAGAAUUGUUGGAUUUUAAAAACAGACCAUGUAAAAUCAUUGUGAUAUAUGAUGAAGAUGAAACCAUUGCUCCCAAUGUAGCAUCUACUUUAGUUCAACGAGGAUAUGACAAUGUAUUCUUGCUUUCAGGAGGAUUAAAGUUGGCAGCUUUGAAAUUUCCUCAAGGACUGAUUGUUGGCACACUACCAAAGUCGUGCAUUCCUCAAAGAAACUCGCCAGCUAAGAAAAGGAUGACUCUUAGUGCCCGAUCUUCUAUAAGUAACAAUGAACCAUCUACUCCAAAGCUCAAUUCUCUACUUCAGUUAGGACACAGUACAAAAAACCAUCUUACCUCAGCAGAUAUUGAUCUUCUUCAGGUAUACUUGGACAGAUUCCUAAUCAGUGCGACAGCAAGUACAUGUCCUUCGAUGUAUUCUCAAAGUCAAACCAUUACACCCUCUACAGUGAAGAGUGUGGACAUACGAUCGGGUGUUGUAAAUGCUCAUAGACUUCCUGGAAGACCUAAACCAUGGAAAUGAUAUACUUAUAUAAUUAGAGUCAUGUAAGCUAAAUGAGAGCAAGAACAUAGAUAUUCAGCUCAAAAAAAAAAAAUGUUGUUCUUUGAACAUUUUAAAUAGUAUAUUGAAGAUGAAUAAUUUUAGUAAUCAAAAACAAAUUCACAUAUUUUUAAGCCAGGGUUUUGUAUUCCUCAUUAUUUAGGGUGAAAUAUUAAUUUAAAUAUUCAGGUAUUCUGCUUAUUUGACAAACCAAUAUUUGCAAAAAUACAAAUUUAAAAAAAAUGUGUAGAGUAGUAAGCUGUAUGGGCUUUCU